CAUAACAUAUAAAGACAACCGCAUGUGCAUUUUGGCUUUAUUCUUUUGCCACCGGAAUCUGGCCGGCUCCGCCUCUCCACGGUGGUUCUUGGGUGUCUUGUUUUAUUUAUAAAUACAAACCAUCACCUCAUUUUCCAUACAACACAUCUCACUUUCUUUAGUCUUUCUUAUCUUUGCAACAUGAAGAUAUCUAUGGUUCUCUUGCUCACUGCCACCCUCCUCCACACCACAACCGCCGCCUACGGCGGCUGGCAGAGCGCCCACGCCACGUUUUACGGCGGUAGUGAUGCAUCCGGGACAAUGGGUGGAGCUUGUGGUUAUGGAAACUUGUAUAGCGAAGGGUACGGGACAAACACUGCGGCACUUAGUACCGCGCUUUUUAACAACGGGUUAAGUUGCGGGGGUUGUUAUGAGAUGAUGUGCACGAACGAUCCGCAGUGGUGCCUACCCGGAUCGGUCAUUAUCACCGCCACAAAUUUCUGCCCGCCUAACUUCGACUUGCCAAACGACGCUGGGGGCUGGUGCAACCCACCACUCCAACAUUUUGACAUGGCUCAGCCUGCUUUCUUGCAGAUUGCUAAAUACAAAGCUGGAAUUGUGCCAGUAUCGUUUAGAAGGGUUCCAUGUGUAAGAAAAGGAGGAAUAAGGUUCACCAUGCAUGGUCAUUCUUACUUCAACUUGGUUUUGAUCAGCAAUGUUGGAGGUGCAGGGGAGGUUCAUGCGGUAUCAAUUAAAGGGUCCAAUACAGGGUGGCAAGCCAUGUCGCGAAACUGGGGUCAAAAUUGGCAAAGCAACUCAUACCUUAAUGGUCAAAGUCUCUCGUUUAGAAUCACAACGAGCGAUGGAAGAACAACUACAAGCUACAACGCGGUCCAUGCUGGUUGGCAGUUUGGCCAGACUUACACGGUCCCUUCAACUAAUUUGUCCAACAAAACACACAAAGAAAUGGAAAUUAAAUCCCAAUUCCCAUGAAAUCCUAUGGAUUCCUGUCAACCAAACAGCCCCUUAGGGUUCAUUUGAAUUUUGCUUUGCAAUUUCGACAUACGAAUUACAUAUUUUUACUACCGUAUUCAAAAAUAUGCAUUACAACUCAUAUACCGCCCUCUACUCACUUUGUGUUUUGAGGUUUUAUUUGAAAUAGCUUUUGUGGUUAGACAAAGCUGAAGAUAAAUCCGAAUUUGUAUAAUCUUUAUGUUUUUGUGUUAUUUUUAUUGGAAGCAGAGGUGUUGAUUAACAUCCGCUCAACGUUGUAUUAAACAUAUCUCUAUAAAUGUUACCUUAUGACAUGAUCAA